GCCAUGACAUGAUGUCCGUAUAUGUAUAUGUAUUCCCUCUCUCCUUACUACGCAAAGAAUUCUCUCUCGUUGGAAUAAGUCAUCAGGUGCUCCAUGCAGGAGAGGUCUCGGCAGUCCUUUGCGACAGAAGAAGAGACAGAUAUGGAGGCUGGCAGUGGUGCAGAUGGCAUUGAGAAGCGGGAAUAUAAUGUCGGUGAGGAGGAAGGCUUAGCCUGUUGUAUAAGUGGUGAACGGUCAGAGAAGUCUCGCAAUGGAACGGACAGUAGCGGUCGCAGGGCGGAGGAUUUGCCGUGGGUUGGUGCGACGCCAUCUGCGCUCGGUUAUCGCAUGCCGGCAGAAUGGGAACCACAUGACGGAUGCUGGAUGGGGUGGCCGGAACGGCCCGACAACUGGCGGAACAACGCCGCUCCGGCUCAGGCAGCCUUCGCUGCGGUGGCAGCCGCCAUCAGUCAGUUCGAGCCUGUGACUGUGUGUGCAAGCGCUUCUCAAUGGAGCAGAGCUCGAGAGAUGCUUCCUCGACAUAUCCGCGUGCUGGAACUAUCCUGCAAUGACUCCUGGUUCAGAGACAUGGGGGCUAUGUUCGUCGUAAAGGACAACGGAGGAGGAGAAGGGGGAGGAGGAGGAGGAGGAGGAGGAGGAGGAGUGGGUACUGGGAAGACGAGACGGGAGAUUGCUGGCAUUGACUGGAAUUUCAAUGCAUGGGGAGGACUGUAUCGUGACUUCAGUCUCGAUGUGUUGGUCGCCGGGAAGAUGCUCGAAGUAGAGAGGAUUUUGCGAUUCGUGAACGACAUGGUCCUUGAGGGUGGGAGUGUGCAUGUAGAUGGGGAAGGGACACUAAUUACCACAGAGGAAUGCUUGCUGAACAAGAACCGAAACGCUUCGAUGACACGGGAAGAGAUAGAAGGGCAGCUCAAGGCGUAUUUGGGAGUGCAGAAGAUAAUAUGGUUGCCACGGGGACUCCAUGGAGAUGUGCAGACAAAUGGCCACGUGGACAACCUAGCUUGCUUUGCUCGGCCGGGAGUUGUUUUGCUCUCUUGGACGGAUGAUGUGGACGACCCUCAGCAUGCCAUUUCCGUCGAAGCACUCUCUGUUCUCUCCCAAUCAACAGACGCCAAGGGGCGCCAGCUGGCAGUAAUCAAGCUGCAUGUGCCGGGACCGUUACAUGUCACGCAAGACGAAUUACAAGGUCUGGAGGCACCGACUGACGAUCUAGACCUGUCUGAGCUGUUCAGUGCCGAUGGGCGGCUGGCAGGCUCCUACGUGAACUUUUACGUCGCAAACGGGGCCAUAAUUGCGCCUUCAUUUGGGGUCCCACAGGAUGCAGCGGCUGAACAGGUCCUGAAGCGAGCUUUCCCAGAUAGGAAAGUGGUGAUGGUUCCCGGACGAGAGAUACUUCUGGGAGGGGGGAAUAUACACUGUAUAACACAACAACAGCCAGCGGCAUGCAGGCAAUUGGUUGUGCACACCUGAGGGCUGUACUCCCGUUAGCACUUUUCAAUAGGAACCUGACCGUUUCUCUAGCGAGAUGCAUCUAAAGGGAGACAGUUGUACAUUUCUUCAGCCAUCAGCAUAAAGGGGGAGGUAGUUAUUCUAUGUUCUUGGGCCAUCUGAAGACAUGGUCUAGGUCUCUGCAUGCUGCAAAUGCCUCUGAAAGGCGUUUCGUGUUCCUCCCAUCGCGGCCGAUCCUGAGCCAGAUUCUUCCCGCCGUGAUAAUGAUCCCAGUCAUGAUCCCGAUCCCAAGAAUCCCGCCUUCAUCAUGAUCCCGAUCCCAUCCUGUUUGCAAUCCUCAUUCCCGUCUCCAUCCCUAUCCCAUUCGUGAUGCCGAUCCCAUCCUGGUCUGUCACUUUCAUCCCGAUCCCGAUCCCGAUCGUGGUCCCCGGGUGGUUAUGCGGCCCAGGCGAGAGAGACUCCUGCAAGGAGGGCAUAUGUAGCGUGUUACGUAGCAACAACCAUGAGCGUAUAGGGGAACCUUCUACACCCAUGGGCCAAUGCAAAGGCCAAUUAUGGGUGUCUUGGAGUCUGUAGGCCAUGAGUGGCUCUGAAUGGCAGCAUUCAUCCUCCCCAUCGCAGCCCUUCUGUGGUGAUACAGACAGUGAUCGUGAUCCCGACUCCAGACACGAUGUUUAAACUGAACCCUGAUGCAGGGGAAAAAAAGGAAAUAAAAGAGACGGUCAUACAUCUGACCAAGUUUCCUUUUGAAAAGAGCCGCCCAAUAGAAAGAGGGUCUAAGAAAAAAAAGAAAGAGGGUCUGAUCAGCAGAGCGGAGAUGGGGUGCCAUCAAGGAAAGCAUUGGGCCGCCAGCCCACAACUGGUAUCAACAGGUGCAGAUAUAGGAGAAACGACUUUCAGGAUUUUUUUUAAUUAUUAUUAUAUUUUAUUACUAUUGUUUUUUAAAAGGGCGACGACCUUGAGAUUUUGAGAUGGAUAUCAUCAUUGAGCUGACCGGCCCGGGGCAAUUCGUAAAUAUUUACUUUUACUCAUGAAGUUUCAUUGUCUGGAUUGCAACUCAGGUCUGUAUUUCAACAGUUCAUGGGUGUACCCACUCAGCUAGGCUCUUGGGUAGUUUUUGCUUCAGGGUAGCUGAAGUUUGGUUUUCUCAGAUUGGCUACAAAAGGGAGGGUAGGAAGAGAAGUGUGAUAACUAAGUGAAGGAGGGGUGAGGCUAGAAGGACCAACGAGGUGCACUCGGUUGCUAAUAUUCCGCAGUAGGAAGUAAGAGGGAUUGAAAGGGUUGGAGAGUGCCAGAAGUAGGCGGACCCAGGUCCACCCUGAUGGUUUAGUCAGGGCUUUCUGGAGGGGGCAUUACCCCCAGAUAGAAGGCUAGGCUAGUAUGGAUUCGCUCCUUUGUUAAAUUUCCCUUUCUUUUGGGUUGCCUGUUAUGACCGUUUGAUCUGUUUAUUCUCGUUGCUCUCCGGUGAGGCCAAGGUCUGCCGGACUUUCAUUAUACAAGGCUAUGCCAAGUGUUGUUGGGGUAAAACCCACAAACCUAUUCUGGGUAAUGGUCCCAGGUGUGACUGAUUCAUUUCAAGGUUGUUUGUGAGGAAUUCCCGGCCUCAUUUUUCAUG